AUGGACACCAAGUUCUUGUUGCUUCUUUUGGUCGCGUUUUUGGCGGUUCGGGCCGCUACUUCGGACGAUGGGGUGAGUUGUGGGAUGUUGUAGUAGAUUUUAGCUUGAUAUUGUGGCAUUACCAAAAAUGUAAAGCAAAAUAAAAGUCUUGUCGUUAAUUUAUAGAGACUUGUUUGUAUGAAGUUUGGUAACACCACUUUUUACGCACCCUAUAAAAAAGCGACAAGACUUUUUCCGGCCUUAUAUUAGGUAGUUCAAAUAAUUCUGUGCCCCUCCCCAAAAAAUUUUUUUUAUGAAAAAAGGCUCAAAAUUAUUUGAACAAUCUAAUAUUUAGGUAAUACCUACUGUAACAUACUGUAUUUUUCAGUUAAGGUAAUACUACUCUAAGCUAUCGUAUUUUAUAAAGUUAGGUAAUACUUAUCUUAAUAUUUUACAUUUUACUCCAGAGCGAAGACGACCUGUGUAACGAAGACCCACCACAAACCUCCCCAGAAUCCUCGAGCACCACCGAAGCUGGUACAACCACUACAGAAGCCACAACAACUGUACCGACUACAGAAUCCACAGCUGGCACUACCGUAGCAGCUACAACCAAUCCAGCAGACACUACGGCCGCUGGUGACACUACAGCUGCUCCAAACUCUCAAACCACCGCCAAGCCUUCCGAUGACAAACCAGCUGAUGGCGCAGCUCCAGAUGGCGAUGAUUGUGACAAUGAAGAUGCUCCAGAGACUACGACUCCCGGUGGUAGUACUACUUCGAAUCCGGAUGGUACUACUGGUACAACUGAUCCAAAUGCUACGACUACUAAUCCAGAUGAUACUACUCAAGCUCCAACUGAAGCUGAGACUACACCAGCCAAGGACGACGAGCCUAGCGAUCCUGGAAGUGAUGAUAGUGAACCAUCAGGUAGGUUAACAUUGUUGGUCAACAAAUUCUGUGCCCUCUCAUAAAGCGAAUUUUUGAGGUUAGAGGUAGACCUGGCUUUCGGGCUGGUUCAGGCUGAUUUUUGGCCGGGCCUGUUUUCAUUUUUCUUCAGGCCUGGCCUGGCCGAGCCCUCCUAAAACCCGGUCCGCAUAAAUUUUCCUCAAUCGCGGCCCAGCCCAAAUCAACGGCUAAGCCGGACCGGCACAAAAGUCAAGUCUCUAGUUAGAAGGCACAGAAUUAUUUGAACAACCUAAUUUUAUUUUUUUAUUGUAAAGAUAUAAAAGGUACUAUCGUUAUGUGUAGCUACGCUAAUGUUCAGUUUUUUUUUUAAUUUUAAAUUAUUUUUCUUUAUUUUACUACACCAGCCACGUUUUAUUUGCCAUUCUUUAACAAUAUGACCAUUAUUAUUAUUUCUACUCAAGUCUUUGUUAUUUUAAGUAUAUUAUUUUUUAUUUUAUAUCAUUAUAUUUUUAUAUGGUGAGCUUAGGCCUUACAUCUGUAUAGCUUAAAGUUAUCUUAUACAUUAUAUAUGCAAUCCCUCGUGUAUAACAAGAUUUACAACGAAAAAUACCUUAUCUCUACUAGAAGUUUACAUUCAGACGCUUGUGAAGACUCUCCAGAAUCUACUACAAACUCUGCUGACUCAACCACCAGUGGCAGUACGACUCAAACUGAUGGGACGACAGCAGACCCUAACUCUUCUCAAGGUCCUAUUAGUCAACCUACAGUAAACCCUAGCUCCCAACCUAAUGGUCAAACUACAGUAGCUCCUGAUGGUCAAACCACCGCAAACCCUAGCUCUCAACCUGGUGUUCAAAACACAGUACCUCCUGGCAGUCAAACAGCUCCGAAUCCAGAUGAAGAACCAUGUGAAAAUGAAGAUGCUGGAUCUACAACACCUUCAGGUUCUACUAGUUUUACAACUCCUGACGGUAUUGGUACAACUGAAGGCUUGAGCACUACUGGAAGUUCGCCUUCUACUACUGAGUCUUUGACCACAGUUGGAGCUACUACUGAACCCACUACGGUAUUGCCUACUACUACUGAACCUACCACCACUAGUACUACCACUACUACCACUACAACACCUACUACCACUACAACCACUACUACGACCACUACACCCAUGACUACAACUACUACCACCACCACGACGACAACACCAACCACAAUAACAACUACUACUACUACAACGACAACUACGACGAAAACAACCACGCCUACCACGACUACCACAACUACAACGACAACUACUACUACCACUACGACUACAACAACGACAACUACUACUACUACGCCCACCACCACCACAACCACUACUACCACUACAACACCUACUACCACUACAACCACUACUACGACCACUACACCCACGACUACAACUACUACCACCACCACGACGACAACACCAACCACAACAACAACAACUACUACUACUACCACUACCACUACAACAACAACGACUACGACCACGACGACAACAACAACUACUACUACUACAAAAGCAACAACAACGUCAAGUAAGCAAAAUUAUACUGUUAGUCCGUCUUUUUAAAAUGAUAACUCUUAUCUUUUUAAAUUAAAAAGUUGUAUUAUAAUAGAAAAAACCAACUGAACAUUACCAUAGUGGCACUAAACACCCAUACGUACCACCUAUAUACCUUUACUAGGCAAUAACUACUCUAAAUACCAGCCCAUUAACCAAAAAUUUGAAAUAAAAAAGUUGUGAAUGAUAUAUAUUAAAUCGUUCACUUAAUUAUGAUCACCUAACACAAUAUACAAAAUAUAUAUAUAAUAACUCAAAAAUUUAAGGUUGCCGCGACACCCACAACGAUUGUUUCGGUCGCCAAAAAAUCUGCUUCAUGCCGGUUUACACCCGAAUGAUGAAGGAUCAAUGUGCCAAAACCUGUAA